GUGUGUGCGUCCUGCUCUCACUCUUUCAGACUGGAGCUGUACUACAGGCGGAAGUUAUGGUCGCUUGUGCUGGAGAAAAAUCACAUCUGCUGAGAAAGUGAAAACCAGCAUAAACAAUCAUCAGCACCCGUUUGAUUUAUUUAUUUAUGUUACACUGUAUCGAUACAUUGAUAUAGUGUAGCCACACGUCGGGUUUCCUAUUGUAGCGUGAAAGAAGAAAAACAUUCACUUUAUUCAACAAUGUCUCAGCUCGGUUUAACAUAACUGGAACUGCUGAAUCACAUAUGUGACUCUCACAACAACGAAUGUUUGUAUUUUACGCUGGAUUUAAAUAGAAAGAGAAAUGGCAGACAGCGGUAGGGUGAAACACGACAGCCCGAGCUCGAGCCCCGGAGCCGGGGGGAAAAGAGUGCAGCAGUCGCCUGGUUCAAAGGCGCGGUACUCGAUCAACGCUCCCGGACACUGCUUUCGGAAAGUGACCCUGACCAAACCGACCUUCUGCCAUCACUGCAGCGACUUUAUAUGGGGGAUUGUCGGGUUUGUUUGUGAAGUGUGUAACUUCAUGUCUCAUGAGAAGUGUUUGAAGCAUGUCAGAACAGUGUGUUCCUGUAUGGCUCCUACUCAAGUUCGGGUUCCUGUAGCACACUGCUUUGGUCCAGCCGGUCAGAAGAAGAGAUUCUGCUGUGUGUGUCGGAAGCAUCUAGAAGGCAGCUCGGCUCUGCGCUGUGAAGUGUGUGAGCUGCAUGUUCACAGUGAUUGUGCCCCAUUCAGCGUUAGUGACUGUCGUUUCUGCCACCAAGAUGGCGGGCAAGACAUUGAUACAUACCAGCACCACUGGCGGGAGGGCAACAUGUCCUCAGGUACCCGCUGUGAGAUCUGCCGUCGCGCAUGCAGCUCCUCGGACAUCCUGGCUGGCUUAAGGUGCGAAUGGUGCGGUAUUACGGCACAUGCAUCAUGUUGCAUAAUAAUUUUACCAGAGUGCGGCAUGGGUCGCCUGCAGAAAAUGAUUCUUCACCCCAGCUGUGUUCGGAUCUGUCCACGAAACUUCAGCAAGAUGCACUGUUACAGAAUCUCAGAGAAUUCCCAGCAUGGAGAGAUGGAUAAUCUGGAUGAUGUUGAUGCUCAGAGUCCAGUAACGUCAAAGGACAGUCAGUCCACGGCACCACCUGACACAGGGAAACAGACACUGAAAGUUUUUGAUGGUGAAGAUGCAGCGAAGCGGAAUCAGUUCCGUUUGGUUUCAAUCCCUCGAAUAAUCAAGAAUGAGGAAGUGGUGGAAGCAGCACUUAGAACGUUUUACAUCCCAGAUGAGCCGCAAGGUUAUGAGCUUCAGCGUUACGGCCAGCAGGGACUGGAUACAGAUGACAUCAUCAACCGCAAUGGCACUCCGGACAACAAGCCAGUUUUUAAGGACAGUUUUUAUGAUUCCUGGGUGCUCCAGUCAAAACCCAAAGAAACAGAGGUGUUGAAGAUCUACCUUGGCUGGCUCAAGACUGGAUUUACCUACAUCUCCGUUACUGCUGGGAAAAGCAGCACAGUAGAUUUAGUCAUAAAGGAAACACUCUCACAACUUGGAAAACAGAAUGAAAACCCUGCUGACUUCAGCCUUGUUGAGGUUUUCAUGAGCAGCAAACAAGUUCAACGGCAAGUCCUGACUGGUCAGGAGCUUCUGCUGGACAAACUGCAGGAGAUCAGGAAGACAUCAUUGCGGCAGAUGAAUCAGACGCGGUUUUACAUCGAGGAAAGCAGGAAUCAAGUUGCACAAGUGAAUCUGAUGCUGGGAGGCUUUCCGACACAACUCAGCAAAGACGAAUACACACACCUGCUGUCAGAGCACCUGGCCAUUAAGAGUCACCUGAUUACCAUCACUCACGUGUAUGCCGAACAAGGUGCUGUGGUUCUGCAGACAAGCUGUUUUUCAGAAGCUGAGAGGAUUUACAUGCUGGCCAAAGACAUCAGCAUCAGCAGCAAACCGCUCUACUCACUCGUUAUACCCGAGAUCAUGCAAAGCAAGCUGCCCAAAGGAAGUUGCCCCUUGCUGGUCUUUGUCAACCCUAAAAGUGGCGGGCUAAGGGGCAGAGAGAUCUUGUACAGUUUCCGGAAACUUUUAAACCCUCACCAAGUGUUUGAUCUGAGCAGUGGAGGACCACUUCCUGGGCUGCACACGUUCAGGGAUGUCCCUCAUUUCCGUAUCAUGGUGUGUGGAGGAGAUGGGACUGUGGGGUGGGUGUUGGGCAUUUUGGAGUCCAUUCGGCACAAAAUCACUUGUCCAGAGCCAGCAAUCAGCAUCAUACCUCUGGGCACCGGGAACGAUCUGGCCCGGAUGUUGCGCUGGGGGGCUGGUUACAGCGGUGAGGAUCCCUACAACAUCCUGGUUUCUGUGGAAGAGGCAGAGGAAGUGAAAAUGGACCGCUGGACGAUUCUUCUUGACGCACAGGAUAUGACAGAGGAUGGCAAGGAGAACGGCUUCCUAGAACCACCCAAGAUUGUGCAGAUGAAUAAUUAUUUUGGGCUGGGCAUUGAUGCUGAACUGAGUUUGGACUUUCAUCACGCACGUGAAGAGGAGCCAGACAAGUUUAACAGCAGGCUCCACAAUAAAGGUGUGUAUGUGAAAGUGGGCCUGCAGAAGUUGAGUCACACACGAAACCUUCAUAAAGACAUCCGACUGCAGGUGGACAAACAAGAUGUUGAGCUGCCCAGUAUAGAGGGACUCAUAUUCCUCAACAUACCCAGCUGGGGUUCUGGUGCUGAUCUAUGGGGGUCAGACAGCGACUCUCAUUUCAGGCGGCCUAGCAUAAAUGAUGGCAUGCUGGAGGUUGUGGGUGUUACUGGUGUGGUACACAUGGGUCAGGUUCAAAGUGGGCUGCGCUCUGGGAUUCGUAUCGCCCAGGGAAGCUAUAUUCGCAUCACUGUGACGAAACCCAUUCCAGUGCAGGUGGACGGAGAACCCUGGAUACAAUCACCAGGACAGAUCAUCAUCUCAGCUGCUGGACCAAAGGUGUGCAUGCUGAAAAAGUCCAAAACCAAGCAGAAGAAGCAAUCUGGCAGUUUGAAAGAGGGCCGAUCCGACAGUCCAGCUCCCAGCGAUGGGUGACCGUGACGACCUGGACCCCCUCCUUCAAAGGCAUAAACACUUCGUUAAAAGCUCGUAGCUGUCACCUUGACAGGUUUUCUUGUGUAGGCCUCUGUUCUUUGUUCCAGUUUGGGUGGGAAUCAGAGUUAAUGCAGAAGAACUAGAGAGAAACAGUUGAAGAUAGAAUGCAAUGAAUGUUUUAAUGUAUAUAUAUCUGCCAACUUAAACAUCUGAGAGUCUCUAGUGUUUAGAAGGCCAGUUAGAUGACAGCAUAAUAUGGAUUAUCUCAGGACUUCAGCUGUCUGCUGCCU